UUCCUUUGCAAUGUGCAGAGUCUCAAUCUGCUCACACAUUCAACAGAGAGCAACUUUUAUUGAAAUUUCACCAAAUUAUUGAACUUAUAGCUCGAGGUGUAGAUCAUUUUGAUUUUCGGAUUGAUGUCGAGGCUGUUGAUGGAUGAAGAAGAGUGCCAAUUAGUUUUGAUGUUUGCAUGAAUUUUAAGUUUUUUUUGUUGAUCAAUUUUCUAUAUUGAGGAUUGGAGAAUUUGAUGAUAGGCCGAAAUAGAAUAGAUUUACAUCUAUGAAGACCGGGGCACGGAAGUCGCCGCACCUGAUGCAGUUGGUCGAGACGAGUUCGCUUCUCCUUUCUCCGGUGCUUUCCAUAGAAUUUUUUCAGAUGGAAUGGCAGAUCCUGUUAGUUAUGGGAAUUCUGAGCGUGACAUCGAGCAAGCACUUGUUACUUUGAAAAAAGGGACUCAGCUAAUCAAGUACAGCCGGAAAGGGAAGCCCAAGUUUCGUCCAUUCAGAAUCUCUACAGAUGAAACGACAUUGAUCUGGUAUUCACAUGGAGAAGAAAGAAAUUUGAAACUAUCUUCUGUAUCACGGAUUAUCCCUGGACAGAGAACUGCUGUUUUUAGAAGAUAUUUGCGCCCUGAAAAAGAUUAUUUAUCAUUUUCACUUCUAUACAAUAACGGUGAAAGAUCUCUUGAUCUGAUCUGCAAGGACAAAGUUGAAGCUGAAGUUUGGCUUGCGGGUCUCCAGGCAUUAAUUUCUACUGGACAACAUCGUAAUAGGCGCACCAGAAGUGACAUUCCCGAUUUCCAUGAUGGUGGGGAUUUCAUUCAAAAUGGCCGGCCAUUUGGUGUAAAUCUAGAUUUUGCUUCAAGCAUUGCUCGUGGUAGGUCAUCUGUUGAUCUGAGUUCUCGUGACUCUUCUUUGAAUUGGGCGAGCUCAGAUGCGGGGUCAGAACGCACAAAUAUGCAACUAAGAACAAGUGGAGUGGAUGGUUUCCGGAUUAGUAUUUCGAGCACUCCUAGCUGCUCAAGUCAAGGUUCUGGACCAGAUGACAUAGAAUCGUUGGGUGAUGUUUAUGUCUGGGGAGAGGUAUGGUGUGAUGGGGUUUUACCUGAUGGAUCAGUGAGCCCAUUCCCUAUAAAAAUAGAUGUUCUGACUCCAAAAUCCUUGGAGUCAAAUGUGGUUCUAGAUGUUCAUCAGAUUGCUUGUGGUGUUCGGCAUGUUGCUCUUGUUACCAGGCAAGGAGAAGUUUUCACCUGGGGGGAGGAAUCUGGUGGGAGACUUGGCCAUGGAAUAGAUAACGACUUCAGUCGCCCUCAUCUUGUUGAAUUUCUAGCAGUAAAUAAUGUGGACUUUGUUGCAUGUGGUGAGUAUCAUACAUGUGCUGUAUCUACAUCCGGUGAUUUAUUUACCUGGGGUGAUGGUACUCAUAAUGCUGGACUUCUUGGUCAUGGCACUGAUGUUAGCCACUGGAUACCAAAAAGAGUUUCUGGUCCUUUAGAAGGACUUCAGGUUUUAUCUGUUGCAUGUGGCACAUGGCACUCAGCACUGGCAACUUCCAAUGGGAAACUCUUUACAUUUGGUGAUGGAACUUUUGGUGUUCUAGGCCAUGGAGAUCGAGAAAGUGUUCCAUAUCCAAGGGAGGUUCAAAUAUUAAGUGGACUUAAGACGAUUAAGGUUGCAUGUGGAGUAUGGCAUACAGCGGCUAUCAUAGAGGUUAUGAGCCAGUCUGGUACAAAUAUUUCAUCUAGAAAGUUGUUCACCUGGGGUGAUGGUGAUAAACACCGUUUAGGUCAUGGAAGCAAGGAAACUUACCUGCUUCCGACUUGUGUCUCUGCACUUAUUGACUAUAAUUUCCAUCAGCUGGCAUGUGGACAUACUAUGACUGUUGCCCUCACUACAUCAGGACAUGUGUUCACAAUGGGUGGUACUGCAUAUGGUCAACUAGGAAAUCCACUUUCUGAUGGGAGAUUACCUUGUUUGGUACAAGAUAAAUUGGUCGGUGAGUUUGUUGAAGAAAUUUCAUGUGGGGCCUAUCAUGUUGCUGUGCUGACAUCAAGAAGUGAAGUAUUCACUUGGGGAAGAGGUGCCAAUGGAAGAUUGGGACAUGGGGACACAGAAGAUCGGAGAUCUCCAACAUUUGUCGAAGCGCUAAAAGAUAGGAAUGUAAAAAGCAUAUCAUGUGGUUCCAAUUUCACUGCAAGUAUUUGCAUUCAUAAGUGGGUCUCUGGAGCAGACCAAUCAGUUUGCUCUGGUUGCAGGCAGGCAUUUGGUUUUACCAGGAAGCGGCACAACUGCUACAACUGUGGGCUGGUGCAUUGCCAUGCUUGCAGUUCCAAAAAGGCAUUAAAAGCUGCAUUGGCUCCAACUCCAGGCAAACCGCAUCGAGUAUGUGACCCUUGCUAUGCAAAACUCAAAGCAGCUGAGGCUGGAAAUGCCUCUAUUUUUAAUAGGAAAAACACUGUCCCCCGCCGUUCAAUAGAUGCAACAAUCAGGUCAGAUAGAGGAGAGGUAAGGUCUGCAAGGAUUCUGAUGUCUCCUGGACCAAUCAAUUAUUUUGAAUUUAAACCAGGAAGGUUUGGGCCAAGACCAGAUCCUUCUCCCAUGAUCCAAUCUUCCCAAGGUCCAUCACUUCUUAAAGACAUUGCAUUUCCAAGUUCACUGAGUGCUCUUCAAAAUGCUUUAAAGCCUGUUAUUACAGCAUCACCUCAGACUGCACCUCCACCUCCACCUCAGCCGGCAUUCUCAAGACCUGUUUCACCAUACUCUAGGAGACCAAGCCCUCCACGCUCUGCUGGUCCUGUAUUUUCAAGGAGUGUAAUUGAUAGUCUCAAGAAGACAAAUGAGCUACUAAAUCAAGAAGUAACAAAGCUGCAAAACCAAGUUAGAAGUUUGAAGCAGAAGUCAGAAGGUCAAGAUGCAGAGAUUCAGAAAUUACGUAAAAAUGCUCAAGAAGCUGACUUGUUGGCUCUGGAGGAAUCUUCUAAAUGCACGGUAGCAAAGGAAGUUGUCAAGUCCAUCACAACACAGCUUAAAGAAAUGGAAAAGCAGUUACCUCCUGAGGUCUAUGACAGUGAAACCUUUAAAUCUAUGCAAACUCAAAUUGAAGCUUUUCUAAAUACCAGUGGAACUCAAGCAGCCGAAUUUUCAUCUUCUUUACCAGCAGACUUGGAAUCUGACCAGAAAAAUGCCUCUGUUACCAAUCCCUUGGGUGUGGAGGAUCAUGUAAAUGCUGCAGGGCUUACAGACCUAUCACAGAAUGGUGAAAGUUCUGUACAGGACAGCAGUAAAUUAUCCAUUUCAAUUACAAGAGAUGCUGUGCCUCAACAAAGCACAGAAAAUGGCUCAAGAUCAGCAGCAAAAUAUGAAGGAGAACCAGAAAGUACUGAACAAUUUGAGCCUGGUGUUUAUGUGACUUUCAUUGCACUCAAAAAUGGUACCAAGAUCUUCAAGAGAGUUAGAUUCAGCAAACGGAAGUUUGGCGGCCAACAGGCAGAAGAAUGGUGGAAGGAAAACAAAGAAAGGCUUCUUAGGAAGUAUACCCCAUCAGCAUCAAGCAGUGCUCCAACUGGGUCAUCGGUUCCUCCAGCACCAACAGAUGAAAGUAAUGAGUUGGCACAAUCUUCCCAAACUUAGUCUCAGUACUUAGUCUCAUGCCAUUAAAUGUUGAAAGCCAGCUGCUACCUGAAUGGCAUUAUGAAUCUAGUCGGGUGAACACGUGUACUGUUUAGCAGCUAAAGAAGCUCUUUUUCAGAGGAAUGGCACAGAAGGAUUCACUUAAUUUACGAAUUAAAAAGAAGAAAGGAAAGGAAAGCUCCAUGAAAGUGAAGAUGAUGUGAUUUAGAGGCAGAGGGAAGCUUAGCUGUAAUUCUUUUAAUUCCUUGAUUCUUUCUCUUUUGCAUUGUAGUUGUACAGUAGAUGAAGUUGUAGAACCAUCUUUGUGUAUUGAAUUCCAUGUAGCGUCGGAAAUGCAUUCUUUUCCUCUCCCUUUUCCUCCCUUAA